CGCGUCGAGGUCGCGUCCGUCGACGCCUUCCAGGGGCGCGAGAAGGCCGUCGUCGUCUUCUCCGCCGUCCGCGCCAACGACCGCGGCGACGUCGGCUUCCUGAGCGACUGGCGCCGGGCGAACGUCGCGCUCACGCGCGCGCGGCGCGGCCUCGUCGUCGUCGGCCACGCGGCGACGCUCGCGCGCGAG